AUGUAUGCACUGAUAGAACAACACCUGGAAGUCAUUGUUGAUGUAGAAGUUGUAGACAAACUAGAAACAGGAGGAGUUUCUACAAACAUGGAAGUGUAUGGAUUAAAUAAGAUCCUGGAAAGAAUUGUUGGCCAAAUCAUGGUCUCUGAGAUUGUAACUGAUGCAUCAGCAGCAGUUAUUGCCCGAGUACGGUACUUGAAAG